CAGGGGAAAUAUCAGGUGUAGAAGAGAUAGACAUACCUUUGGAGGAUGAUGAAACUAAUCCCACAAUGUCACGGGCGCCCCUGCCUCCCAGCCUCGCCACUAGAGGCACAACCACACAAAGUCCAUUUUUACCAGCUGGCUUUGAAGAGGAACUGCAAAAGAUUUUGGAAGGAACAAUGCAACAUGCUGACAUUAAAAUUGAUUUGGAUAAUCAUGAGCCUGGCAAAUUUUUGGGUGAAGACAUCUUGACCAUAGCUCCUGGGGCCAAGGAGUGUGUUUUGUUUGCGGAAGAUGGCUUCACUCUCCUGGACCAGGAGGCAGAGGAAAAAGAAAAAGCUGAAAACAAAGAAAACUUUGAUAUCAGUAUUAAAGUUAAUCUUGAAGAAGUCAUUGAAAAUAACACACAUUUAGUGGAUCUCUGGAAGGAUGAUGAAGAAAUUAAAAAAGAGAAACCAGCAAAACCUGUCAAAAAAUUUGAAUUUUCAAGCGACACAUCUGACAAUGACAACUUCCUUGAAGACACAGUGAUCAGACCACCAGUGGAAAUGCCUGAGCUUCCAGUUCUGAACAUCACCUCCUCAGCUGUCCAGACCGUGGUGACAUCCACAGAGUGGGCAGAGAUGAUAGAUGUGUCGCAACCUGCCGAGUUUAAAGAGAAAAUCAAGGAUAUGGCACAUAGCUAUCCAUUUGAAUUGGAUAAUUUCCAAAAACAGGCUAUAUUGAAACUAGAAGAAGGACAUCACGUGUUCGUAGCGGCGCACACGUCUGCCGGUAAAACAGUUGUCGCUGAAUACGCUAUUGCUAUGUCAAGAAGAAAUUGCACUAGAUCCAUCUACACUUCUCCAAUAAAAGCACUUUCCAACCAAAAGUACAAUGACUUCAACAAGUUGUUUGGUGAGGUUGGGUUACUCACCGGUGACUUACAAAUCAACGCCAAAGCGCCCUGUCUGGUGAUGACCGCGAGGGAGAUCUUCCGGUCAAUGUUGUACUGUGGUUCCGAUGUCACUAGAGAUCUCGAGUUUGUGAUAUUUGAUGAAGUGCACUAUAUUAAUAAUGCUGAGCGAGGCUACGUAUGGGAGGAGGCGCUGAUCCUCCUGCCAGCGCACGUGAGUAUAGUGAUGUUGAGCGCCACGGUGCCCAACACGCUGCAGUUCGCGGACUGGGUGGGCCGCACCAAGAAACGGAUGGUGUACGUCGUGUCCACGCCGAAGCGACCCGUGCCGCUGUGCCAUUAUCUUUAUACAGGAUCUGGGGGCAAAUCAAAACACGAGAGAUUUAUGGUAGUGGACCAAGAUGGGAACUUCCAACUAAGGGGAUACAACGAAGCUGUUGCAGCUAAGAAAUCCAGAGAAAAUGAAUAUAAAAAGAGCUUUGGGCCAAAAGGUGGAAAGCAAAUGAGCAACUCAAAAGCAGAACAGACCAUGUGGGUAGCCUUUAUCGAUCAUUUGAAGCAAAAGGACAAGCUCCCUGUGGUCGCAUUCACACUCUCACGUAACAGAUGUGACCAAAAUGCACAAAAUCUGGUGUCAGUUGAUUUGACCACCGCAAAAGAGAAGGGACACAUACGUUCUUUCUUCCAGAGAUGCUUGCAAAGGUUGAAAGAGCCCGAUAGAAGACUGCCACAGGUAAUAAGACUGCAAAGAGUGUUGGAAAAUGGCAUCGGCGUCCACCACAGCGGUAUAUUACCGCUGCUCAAGGAAAUCGUCGAAAUGCUGUUCCAAUCUGGUUAUGUGAAGAUCCUGUUCGCGACGGAGACGUUCGCGAUGGGCGUGAACAUGCCCGCGCGCACCGUGGUGUUCGACGAGGUCACCAAGUUCGACGGCGUGCAGAGGCGCACGCUCGCGCCCGCAGAGUACAUACAGAUGGCGGGCCGCGCCGGGAGAGGUCUAGACGACACUGGUACAGUGAUAAUCCUGUGCAAGGACGGCGUGCCAGACCUGGUCACGCUGAAGGGCAUGAUGAUGGGCACGCCGCAGAAACUCUCCUCGCAGUUCAGACUCACAUACGCCAUGAUCCUCAGCCUGUUGAGAGCGGCAACAGUAUCAGUGGAAGGCAUGAUGCAACGUUCAUUCCGUGAGUUCCAUCAAUUAUGCCAAGCGGACAACUACAAAAAGCAACUUCAAUUGGCAGAGAAGGAGUAUUCUGAGAAGUGCAGUACACCGCUGCCUGCCCAUUUAGCGCCAUUGACGUCGUUCUACGAUACCGCAAGCUUGUAUAUAGAUCUGAUGAAUGAGUUCAUGCCGAUAUUGCUGAACCAACCCAAAGUGGCGAAGGAAUUGGCCCCGGGCAAGAUAAUGAUUGUAUCAGCGGGGCCGUAUAUUAAUCAGCUCGGUAUAUUUUUGAAUGGCAAUGGACCCCGGCAGACUCCAUAUAAAGUGUUAGUACUAAACACAGCAGAACAAGACACCAACAGAUAUAACUUCGAAGUGGACGACAACUGGUAUAGGAUGCUCAGCUUCUCUGUUAUGUACGACGGUAUAGGUACCGAAGAGAGUACGCUAGAUCACACAAUACUGUGCAUAGCACCCAAAAACAUAAUAGCUAUUACCAAAAUGGAUCUCAAAAUUGAUGCCAACAUCAUCAUACAAGACUGGGAGAAGAGGCAGAUGCCACGGUUCAAAGACGCCCCGGUGGGGUCUAGCUGCGCAGGCGCAGUGCAGGAGCUGUCGCGACUGUCGCACGCGGUGCGGUCGGGCGCCACACAGCUGCCGCAAGUCAAUCUCACGCAGUCGCUCGCACUCACCACCGGCGAGAUACUUGAUGCGCUCACGCAGAUGAAGACGCUUACUGCUGUACUAGAACAACAAAAGAAAAGCACGGACAUAGCGAACUUCAAAUCGGAAUUCGCGAUAAUCUAUGAACGCAAGCAAGCGGAGAAGAAACGUGAUAAGUACAAGAGAUUGCUCUCGUUCGAGAACCUCGCUCUCUACCCGGACUACCAACGGAGGCUGCUCGUGUUGAAAGAACUGAAUUACAUUGACGAACAUGACAAUGUUAUAUUAAAAGGUCGCGUGGCGUGCUGCAUGGGUACCAACGAGCUCAUCAUAUCGGAGCUGGUGUUCCGCAACGUGUUCACCGACAAGAACCCGGCGGAGAUCGCGGCGCUGCUCAGCUGCUUCGUGUUCCAGGCGCGGACGCAGGUGGAGCAGCCGCUCACCGACAAACUCGACGAGGGCGUGAAGGCCAUCGAGGCGAUCGAUGCUGAGUUGGCGAAGGUCGAGUCCAAAUAUAUGAUAAAUCAAUUCGAAGGUCAACAAGAAAGACUCAAUUUCGGUCUAGUUAGGGUCGUAUACGAAUGGGCACUUGAAAAGCCAUUCGCAGAGAUUAUGGAGCUCACGGAUGUGCAAGAAGGAAUUAUUGUGAGGUGCAUACAACAACUGCACGAGCUCCUAGUAGACGUGAAAGACGCAGCGGUAGCUAUCGGCGAUCCGCAGUUACAAGCAAAAAUGAUGGAGGCUUCUACCGCAAUCAAGAGAGACAUCGUGUUCGCGGCCAGCCUCUACACCACACAGAAAGAAGCUGUCACCAUCUAGCCCAGAGCCAAAGCUCACGCGGCGCUUAAAAGUCUGCGAGAAAUAAAAAAAUCGUAACGCGUGUUUAAAUACGAUUACGUAAAUUAGUGAUUAGGUAAUAUGAUUUGAGAAGACACUGCAAGAUACGGCGAUUUUCAAUGAACGAUCCCAAUAUUAAUCUUCAAUCCGACCCCGCGAAUAAACCAAUCAAAAUAAGUCAUUUGUAAGUAUGUCACAAAACAUUGUUCUGAUUGGUCCAUUUUCGCGACGACGACGAAUAAAGCCAUUUGGAUCGCUUAUUUUAAACUUCGCUAGUACCUAAAGCCAUAUAAAAAACUGCUCUCAUUACGCUAGUGAAAUAACGAGACAAAAGUGUCGAUAUAAUCCCUAGCAUAUAAAUAGUUAAAGCUCAAGUUCCUAACAAACAACGAUUAUUGUAUACUUAUUAAUCACGUUGCCUUAGUGUGCGUCCAAAUCUGCUAAAUGCACGUGAUUGGAGACUUGUGCACGCUUGUUAAUUUGUCCGCGCUAACUUUAACACAGGUUUAACGCAAUCACGUAACAGAGUUAAGGGACCGUUUUGAUAAAUACAUCUCACCUUUGAGUAAACUUUCAAAUAGACAUUUAAUUUAUUGAAUUAUUUAAUAAACCAAGCUGCAAGCUGCAGCUAUUUAAUAAAAAAGCAGCAUCGACUCAGUGGAGAACAACCUUUCAAAUCAGCUUGGUUUAUUAAAUAAUUCAAUAAAUUAAAUGUCUAAACCUGAGAUGCAUUUAUUAAUUUGGCCCUUGGUGAACUUAAUAUGAGUGCGCGACCUCACUAAGCUGCCAAGUAAAGGUGCACGCGAACUGUUCGGGUGCGCGUUCGUACCGCAAUCGCCAUAUUUGGACGUAAUACCUAUAUACCUAUAACCUCCACACACCAAUAUUGCCUUAGCCUCAUAGUACAUUAUAUUGUAAUCAUCUUUAUAUUUCUGUAUUUUUUCAUAGAACGAAUAUAUAAACAGUAUUUAAUCUGUAGUUAUAAAAUUAUAGUAAAUUUUCUCUAUAGUACAUUAGCUUAGCAAUAACCUUUGUAGUUUAACCGCUUAAGUAAAAAUAAGGGCACACGAGUUGUAAUAGAAAGCUGUCAAAAGAGUCGUGUAUUUCGAAGGCUGUACGAAAGUUUUCGAGCACUAGGACGGCGCCAAAGGGGGGCAGGGAGAGGCAGCUGAUCCUAGAGGUUCUAAAACUCCAAUAAAUCACCAAAUUCAUUCCUAAUAUUCCGUACGCUCAAUUACGCUCUGAUCUAUGGUAUUGUUAAAGCGGGAGAGGGGGAAGGGGAAGGAACAUGUGCUCUCGACUUUAUCUACAAUUCAUACUUUUUUCAUUCUCCAUAUCAACUUGCCCCGCCCUGGGCCAUCAACUGGCGACGCUCUUGGAGCACAAUACAAAUAUUUUCAACGUGUUUGCACGACGUAACGUUGUUUUGAAUUGUCAUUCCGAGGGAGUUAAAAAUAUGAUUACGCCACGAUUCGUGUGUAAAGACGUUAAUUCCAGUGAGCAUUUGAACAAAAAGUAUUGUUUGAUCUAAUUUAUAGAAUUAUAAAACAUAUUUUAAACGUCUAAAUUAUAUUAAUAUUAAAUAAAAAUAUGUAAGCCAAUGAAAUGUUCUCAUACAAUUUAUAUUAUUUUAAAAUGGAUCAGAAAUAAUAGUUUGCUGAAGUACAUGUCAAUCGACCAUGACAUAAGCUAAAAGAUUCUCAUGUCAUCAAAUUUCCAUGGUAGAUGUACUUGUAAUAUUUUCUUUCCAAUAUGAUUCCGAUAUAAGAAAUUAUACUUGCUUAAGUUUUAUGAGAACUUGGAAUAUAUUGCCUAUUUAUAACAUAGUCGUCAGGGUUUCUUAUAAUAUUAUACUCUUUAUAAUAUUGUCUGUUAAUGUAGCCGGCUGUGAAAUGAAGGAGAGCAAUAUUUAGUGGCUUAUUCACUUCAAAUCAAUAUAUUUACAGUACCCAUAUUGUUGUAAUUUUUACCAAGUUGAACAUAUUUAUAUGCUGGUUAUUGCGCAUGUGUACAAAUAACACCAUAUAUUUAUUAAUUUAGAGCAUCAUUCGCAUAUUUGUAUAGCAGGCCAAAGUUAUGAAUAAAAUAUUAAACGUAA